AUGUCGACUCAAUCGCAGACCCCAUUACCCCAGGUCGGGAAGCUCGUGAGCGUAGUUCCCGUCGGUCUGAAAGAAGCUGCCCUCGACUCGCCAACCUUCCGCGCUACUACUCUCCACUUCUGCGACCAGAUCGACUUUAUCGAGAAAUGGCUGGACGGAUAUGCUAGAGCCGCGACAAAACUCUCCUCUGAGGUACUGACUCUGGAGAGUGUUGUCAGCGGCUUCCUAUCCUAUUCCACUCACCCCCUGGUGGUCUCUGAGGCUAUCGUUGACCAUGAUUACACCCUGCUCGCGAUGCGGAGGAAUGGGGAGAGCUCGAAAGAUCUGUGGCAUGGUUUGGUGACAACGAUCAAGAAAAUGGAGUCAUUGAUCGCCGAGCCGAUUAGAGUCUUCAUUCAGGAAGAUCUCCGACAAUUCAAGGAUACUCGUCGCGCCCUUGAACAAGCUCAAAAACACUUCGACUAUCAGCACGCACGAUACGCCUCACAAUCGAAGUCAAAAGAUACAUCCACACUCAGGGAGGAAGCAUUCCAGCUUCACGAGGCUCGCAAGGCGUACCUGAGGGCCUCCAUGGACUUCUCUGUUCAGGGGCCCCAACUCCGAAAUGCCCUUGAUCGACUUCUGGUUCGGGUGUCCUUUGACCAAUGGCGAGAGGUGCGAGGCUUUCACAAUAACAACACCGCGACCUUUUCCAAGUGGGCGCAUGAAAUGGACCGUAUCAAAGGAUGGAUUCACGAGAUGGAAGGAAGUGAUAGGUCUUCCAAACGAGAGCUCCUUUCAACAAGAAAGUAUAUCGAAGAAGCCGCUGAACUUGCCGCAAGACCCUCCCGGGAAUUGGAGGAUUAUUCGAUCUCCACUGUACCUUAUCUUGGCUCUCGUCCCCUCUCAUCACUUAACAUGAGCAAGGAAGCCAAGCCAGAAAAACAAGGCUGGUUAAACCUGCGAACUCUCUCUGGCAAACCCACUCGUACUGUUUGGGUGAGGCGGUGGGCCUUUUUGAAACAUGGUAUAUUUGGAUGUCUUGUCCAAGGAGCUCGCACUGGCGGCGUGGAAGAAAGUGAACGGAUCGGCGUGCUACUUUGCAGUGUUCGUCCUGCCUUCCAGGAAGAGCGACGGUUCUGCUUCCAAGUGAAGACUAAGAAUAGCAGCAUCAUCCUGCAAGCUGAAACCCAAAAUGAGCUGAUGGACUGGAUUGGAGCCUUCGAGGCUGCUAAACAAAAAGCUCUCGACAACCCAAGUAGCACCGAUCUGUCUGUAUCCGGAAAGAUGACCGUGCAGGACCCUGCCUUUGCAAUCUCGCAGCCUCCUGCUCCUGAGUUUACCGCGGAUGCAAACGAUUCUCUCACGCCGCAUCCGAAUGACGACUCAAACUCUACAGAUCGUAGUGCAACUCUGCCAGUUCCAGAUCGAGAUGGUAUUGCGUUUAGAGCUAGCACGGAGCUGGGCACUCGGCGACUCACAGGUCAUGAUCCUGAAGGCUCUACGAGAGCACACAUCAUCCAGAAAUUGGACCUUCAUCGCAAGUCCAACAAUGGUGCACCGGCAUCACCCUCUAUUCCAGGCCCGGCGGGUGGUAUCGCUAGUCUCAUUUCAGCCAGUCAUAAUAUUCUUCCUUAUAAUGGCUCCAACUUUGUCAAUGCGAGAGACGGAGAUGGAACUCGGGGUCGGAGUAUGAGCGUCCUAGAGGAGCCUGGGGCAUUAAGCCUUGCCCCUCCAACUCUGGCGAAUCCACCCGCGCCAACAAGUAUGAGCAAGGCCGCAGUUGUUGUGAGUAGCGAAAGAGGCAUCGGGCUGGGACGUUUGGAUAAUACGGGUGGUAUGCCUAGUGGUAUGAUGGCAAACCUUUGGGGAAGUUCGAAUUGGGGCUUCAUCAAUAAGCUUGAGCGAGAACAGCCCCGAAAAGCUAAUGGAGAGCAUCCCGCAUCCCCGAUGAGUGAUUCCUCAAACCGAACAAUUAUUGCUCAACCCGAUCUCCCAACAACGUCACAAGAUACCCAAUCAUCGUCUGGCCCCCGCCACAGGCAGACUGUGAGUCUCGAUGGAGAAGCUGCGGCUAAAAUCCACCAAGCCGCCCGGAGUGCAGUCAAGCAAACCGCGCAGACCCAAUAUCCAGCUGUAUAUCCCCAACAACUCAGGAUUCAAGACGCUCAGUUCCGGUUGCUUUUCCCCGAUGUCAAGAAGGAAGAAGCGCUGGUUCUGGUUUUCAGGGCGACCUGGAGUCCUAAUGACCAGCAGGAAUUCCCCGGUAGGGCCUAUGUAACAACCAGAAACAUUUAUUUCUACAGUCACAAUUUUGGACUUGUUUUGACCACAAAUAUCGGUCUAGACAGCAUCAAAGAAGUCACGGCUGCUACCGGAAGAGAUUGCGAUUUCCUUUUCCUGCAUACAAUUCCCCCUCUCGGAAGCGACACGCCUGGCCGGAUCACCGUCAAGACAUUCCUCGAGCCGCUAAGGCUUCUUCAGAAACGUUUGAACUUUUUAAUCCAAGGGUCAAUUGCUGUGGAACAACUGAGUCUCGAAGAACUUCUAAAGGAGCUGAUCAGAAUGGAUAGUGGAACUGCAAAGAGAACGUCAAGCGUAGACAGCUGGGAGGAUGUUGAAUCCGACGCUAGACAUGAGGGUCGUGAUCUAUCGAUGGCAAACAACCUCCGUGCCCCCAUUUACGUCGAUAAGGAUCUUGAUCUAGAUCGAGGUCUGAGUGGCCGAGGGCGAGAUAUCCCCAAAUUCAGACUUCCAACCCAGCCUGUGGAAUACGUUCCCCAAGGGGAUCUUCUCCUCACGACCGAGAAAGCGCUAGAUGUCAGUCCGAAGGCAUUGUUCCAUAUUCUCUUUGGAGACAAGAGUGCCGUAUGGCAGUUAUUGCUCCAUGAAAGACAAGCAAAAGGCAAGCCGUACAUCAAACAAGGCCCUUGGACUAGCAAUGAAUCACGACAUCUCAGGCGAGACUUUUCAUACAAGAUCGCCACGACAGAUAUUUUCGGAAACACCCAUGAUAACACUAUUUCCGAUUACCAGAUCAUCGAUGUGCUCAACGAUCAUUUAUGCUAUGUCAUUACCGAUAAGCGAACUCCAUGGCACCUUCCAUUCCGACGAAACUUCAGACUCGUCAGCAAAGUUGUCAUCACGUUCGUUGGAAAAUCUAAGAGCAAGCUUGCUGUCUACACCAAAGUCGAGUGGCUCAAGUCCCCCUACGGUCUAAGAAAUAUGAUCGAGAAACGAGCACAUAACGACCUUGAAGAGGAUGCCUUGGACCUGGUCGAUCUAGUGAGCGAUCAGGUACGACGAUUGGGCGCACACAGUCGUACCAAGAAGGCUAUAACUAUCUUUGGCCAUGUUGGACGCCAGAGCAACGAUUCUUAUUUCAAUGGUGUUGGAGCAAAUUUGAAAAUUGAACCGCGGAGGCCCCGAGUCCAGCGUACCUUGCCCCAGCUUAUCACCGAGACAACAUUGUCCUUCUUGGAAAGUACCAUUUCACUGUUUAUGAUGUGGACUAUUGGUGCUGUUCGCUGGGCAUGGAAGACCGUGAGUGCACAGAAAAUCAUUAUGGUGCUGUUGAUCACUAGCGCACUCAUGAAUGGGUUCUAUUCUUCUCGAGAUACUUGGGAUUGGUGGCAUGAGCGACACGCAAGGAACUUCAUGGCCAAGCUUGGCGUGCAACCUGAUAUGGUUAUGAGCAAAGCCAUCUACAUUCGAGACAUCGACGAGGCGAUUGGGAACUCGACGAUGUGGGCUCAUACUGGGAAUGCAAGCAGCUGCUUUGGAGCAUUCCAUGAGCAAACCCUUCGGCAUGCGGAGCUCCCCUUAUCCCUCAGCACCUCGGGGACCCGAGACGCAGUGGCCAAAAGCGCAACAAAACGGUUUCAGCAGACUCGUGAACGGCUUGGAGCCUAUCGACACAAUCUUUUGGUGGGACUGCGCGUGUUAAACGGUAUCGAGAAGGAGGUCAUCCAGACUGAAUGGGAGCGCUGGCUUGGUGAAGAGCUUCGACGUUGUCGUCAGGUGGAGAUUCUUCUUGGUGGUGAUGGUGACGAGGGCGAGACAGACGCGCAAGCCCGGCGCAUAUUCGCCGAAAACGCUGACAGUGUGAAGCAAUGGUAUGACAAAUAUUGCACCAGCUGUCGACUGGAGAAAGAGCAGGUUCAAAAGAACGAGCACGAAAACUUGCUGCUCUGA